AUGGUCUAUGGGGUGCCUCGCUACCUCAUUUUAGCAAAUAUAGCUCUUAUGGCCGUGCAGCUGGAACGGACGACGGCCACGUCGCUCUACUACGGUCCUGUGACUACAUCCAACACAACGGACGAGAUCAGCAGCAAGUUUCCAGCCCGAGGAGCCGAAGUGGCCGACGAGGACUGCUCCAUCACUGUCGAAGUGGACCCGACACUACCCGAUAUUUCUACCAUCUUGACCGUCCCUGUGAUCUAUACGGACCUACUGGCCAAUAUGACGACGGCUCCAACGGAACCUCUUUCUACGAAGGUUGGCGUUGCUGUCCUCUCGGAAGAUAUUCCGACCGUCGAAGCUGACCAAGAUGCGUACACGACCACAACCGACACGACGUCUAAUAUGUCGUCCAAGACGGGUCUACCAACCACGAUUGACACUGUACCUACCACCGUGAACAAAGCGAUAGAAGACAAGCUUAACUGUGCCACAAGAUGGGGUGACUCGAGUCGAAAAUUACAGGAGAAAAGUGACAUUAAGCGGCGCCUUGAAGCGCACACGAACAAGGACAUUGCCAAACUUGAGGCGCAUUUUGGCACACCGAUGGAAAUGAAGCUGGCCAAUCUGCCGGCUUCUGCUGUCCACGCAACGUCGCCAUGGCCUGGUCCAUAUUGGCCUACGUACCAAGACAGCAUAAAUGCCAUCUGGAGCCAUGGACAGCCAAGUGCUGCUGAAAAAUACGCGAAAGCUUUUAGAUUGAACGUCCAGGACUUCAUGAACAAAGUAUCGGCCGACAAUGGCAUCGAUUCGAUGAGCAAGCGUGUCAAGUGCUUGUCACCCAACGACUGCUCGUCUCGGUCUGAUGGUAGCGUUUGCGCAAAGCGUGCGGGGAUGCAGUCGGGCUACUGCGUCCCGACUUGGUUUGGUAUCUGCCACGCCUGGGCGCCCGCUGCUACAAUCGAGGACGAACCGCGGUGUCCCGUGACGCACAAUGGCGUGACAUUUCAGCCGAUCGACAUCAAGGCUUUGAUCUCGACCGUCUACGAUGGCGCGUCGGUGCCUACUGUCUUUACUGGCACUCGGUUCAACGGCGGUCACGACUCGGAGGACAAGUACGGCCGGCACUCGAACGACGCCUAUCGUGACCUGAAUCCUGCCUUUUUCCACAUCGCUACCACUAACAUGUUGGGCAAGCUCAAGCAAACGUUCGUCGUUGAUGUCACGGCUGGUACGGAGGUAUGGAACCAGCCCGUUCGUGGGUUCAAAGUGUAUGAGCAGACCAACAUGUCGCUGGACGAAGCUGCAAAGACCUUCUACGGCCUCGGGGCAUACCCGUGGAACGCCGCUACCAAGAGCAUUGUGUAUAUUAAGAUGCGUCUGUCAUGGAUCUUCGAGACUUACGACAACGGUGGUCUGGUGUCUUCUGGACAGGUAAACAAGUUCACCACAGGUGCUUACUACACGUAUAUCCUUGAGCUCGAUAACAACGGAGUGAUCAUUGGUGGUGAGUGGGUGUACGAAUCGGACAGCAACCAUCCAGACUUUAUUUGGUUCCCCAAGUCGAAGCCAGCGGCCAACUCUGUCACGAGCACGGGGCUGAAAUACGCAGACGUGAGCAUGCUUCUCAAACGGUCAGUUGCCUGCUCGGGUACUCCAUCCGGGCACGAGUCAUCCACUUUGUUCGAUGACGCGACGUCCGCUUCGCUAUUGAACUCUGCCUCAAAUUCGAGUCGGACGGGUCCCACGAGUCUUCCACAAGUAAACCUGACUGAGUCAGCUCCGUCCGCAAGCUUAUCGGGUUUAAACUUCGACAGUGCUGCUAUAGUGGACCCUCCUGUCGAGCCUCCCAUACCUGUAGACACGCCUGUGUCCAUGUAG